UCAGCAUAAACGCAGAGAGAGAUAGAGAGAGAGAGAGAGAGAGGAGAGCGAGAUCUAACAGCAAUGGGUUGAGUGGGAAGCAAACGCAGCUGUACAAACCACGAGAGAUUCAAAGCUCUAGUUUGUUUACCAGGAUUGAAUUGGAUGUCUUAAAAAUUAUAUUCAUUAGGUUCUGGCUUGGAUCAAUUGCUGGGAUCUUACGUUCUUGGUUUACAAAUUAAGCUUUUGUGUCAUUGUUAUAAUUAGUUUGCUGCAACGACCAGAAUCAUGGCAACACUGAAAAAUGCAGAAUCUAGAUGGAAGUAUUCUUGGUGGUGGGACAGCCAUAUAAGCCCCAAAAAUUCAAAAUGGCUUCAGGAGAAUCUUACAAGUAUGGAUGCCAAAGUUAAGGCGAUGAUCAAGCUAAUUGAAGAAGAUGCAGAUUCCUUUGCAAGGAGGGCAGAGAUGUACUACAAGAAACGUCCAGAGCUUAUGAAAUUGGUUGAAGAAUUCUAUCGAGCCUAUCGUGCAUUGGCUGAACGAUAUGAUCAUGCAACCGGGGUUAUUCGCCAGGCCCAUCGGACUCUGGCGGAAGCUUUUCCAAAUCAAGUACCCUUGGCACUUAUGGAUGACUCGCCUGCCAGUUCUACUUCUGAUACCGAUCCCCGUACACCUGAGUUGUCAAUCCCUGUGAGGGCAUUGUUUGACCCUGAUGAUAUCCAAAAGGAUGCUUUGGAACUUUCUUCAUCUCAUUCCCAUACCAUCAAGCACAAUGGGGAACUGACACAAGAGUCUGAUUCUGUGGCAAGUAGAAGGGGUUUGAAACAGGUUGGUGAUUUGUUUGGGCCCGGCGACCAUGCAAAAUUUGGAGAAGGGAAGGUGAGAAAGGGCCUCAACUUUCAUGACGCAGAGGAGAAAGAACGAAGUGUGCCAAGUAAUGAGAACCAGAAUUUCCUGAAUCAAGCCAUGUCUGAAUUGGAGCCGGGGGUUAAGUCUGAGAGGGAAGUGUUAGUCUUAAAGGAAGCCCUUGCCAAGCUAGAAGCCGAGAAGGAAGCUGGCCUAAGUCAGUACCAAAAGAGUUUGGAGAGAUUGUCUAAGCUGGAGUCAGAAGGCUCUCAUGCCCAAGAGGAUUCCAGAGAACUUGGUGUACGAGCAAGCAAAGCCGAAGCAGAAAUUCAAGCCUUGAAGGAUACCCUCACAAAAUUAGAAGCUGAAAAGGAAGCUAGCCUUCUGCAAUACCAGCAGUGCAUGGACAAAAUAUCUAAUCUAGAGAACAUAAUCUCUCGUGCCAAAGAGGAUGCUGCUGAACUUAAUAAGCGAGCGAGUAAAGCUGAAAUUGAUGCUCAGUCCAGAAAGCAAGGCCUUGCCAAAGUAGAAACUGAAAAAGAUGCUGCUCUCAAUCAGUACCAACAAUCUUUGGAGGCGAUCUCACAUCUGGAGAGCAGAUUACUGCAAACUGAAGAAAAUGCCAGAAAGUUUAGUGAGCGUGCUGACAAAGCCGAAAGGGAAAUCGAGACAUUGAAGCAAGCUAUUGCCAAAUUGACCGAAGAAAAGGAAGCUGCAGCUCUCCAGUACCACCAGUGCUUGGAAACUAUUUCCAGUCUAGAGCUUAAAAUCACAAAGGCUCAAGAUGAAGCUCAAAGGCUUAAUGAUGAGAUAGAUAGUGGAGUUGCGAAGUUAAAGGGUGCUGAAGAACGAUGUUGGCUGCUGGAGAGAUCAAAUGGGUCUCUCCACUCCCAGUUAGAAACUUUGGUGUUGAAGAUGGGAACUCAAAGUCAACAACUUACUGAGAAGCAGGAGGAGUUGGAAAGACUUGGGGCUUGCAUACAAGAAGAGCACUUGCGUUUUAUGGAGGCUGAAACUGCUUUCCAAACUUUGCAGCUUUUGUACUCUCAAGCUAAGGAUGAAUUAAGAUCCCUGACUUCUGAACUACAGAACAGGUCUCAAAUUUUAAGGGACAUGGAAACUCAUAAUCAAAGUUUGCAGGAUGAAAUCCUCAAGUUUAAGGAGGAGAAUAAGAGUCUCAAUGAGCUCAACUUGUCUUCGGCAAUGUCAAUGAAGGAUAUGCAAAAUGAGAUCUUUAACUUGAGGGAAAUAGAAGGGAAACUUGAGGAGGAGGUUGAGCUUCGAGUGGACCAGAGAAAUGCUCUCCAGCAAGAAAUUUAUUGUCUGAAAGAAAAACUGAAUGAAUUGAACACAAAACAUGAGGCUAUGUUGCACCAGGUGGAUGCAGUAGGCUUGAACCCAGAGUGCUUGGGGUCAUCAGUGAAGGAAUUGCAGGAUAAUAACUCAAAUUUAAAGGAAAUCUAUCAAAAAGAAAGGAGUGACAAAAUGGUUCUUUUGGAGAAAUUGAAAAUCUUGGAACAGCUUCUUGAGAAGAAUUCCUUUCUUGAGAAUUCCCUAUCCGAUUUAAGUGCUGAGCUAGAUGGGCUUAGAGGGAAAAUAAAAGAGUUGGAAGAAUCAUGCCAAUCUCUUCUAGCUGAGAGAUCUACUCUUGCUGAUGAGAAGGCUACUCUAAUCAUUCAGUUACAAGUAGCAACUGAUAGUUUGGAGAAACUCUCAGAGAAGAACACUGUUCUGGAAAAUUCCCUUUCUGAUGCACACGAUGGACUUGAAGGGUUCAAGGCAAACUCAAAGAGCUUAGAAGAUUCAUGCCAGUUGCUUGCUAAUCAGAAGGCUGAUGUGAUCAAUGAAAAGGAUGCUUUGAUUUCUCAGUUGGAAAUUACUGAGAAAAGAUUGGAAGAUGUGGGGAAAAGAUACAAAGAAUUAGAAGAGAAAUAUUCAGCAAUGGACAACGAGAGAGAAGCCAUGCUCUGCAAAGUAGAAGAGCUACAGGUUUCUUUGGAUGUGGAAAAACAAGAAAAUGCCACUUUUGCUCAUAUGAGUGAGAUGCAAUUGGCAGGUAUGGAAUCUCAAAUACAUCUUUUACAAGAACAAGGUCAGCAGAGGAAGAGAGAAUUUGAAGAAGAGCUAGAUAAAGCUUUGGAUUCUCAAAUUGAGAUUUUCAUCUUGCAGAGAUGUGCACGAGAUCUGGAAGAGAAGAACUUCAGUGUCUUGAUUGAAUGUCAAAAACUCUUAGAGGCAUCCAAAUCGUCAGAAAAACUGAUAUCUGAAUUAGAGAAAAAGAAUCUUGAUCAACAGAUGGAGGUGAAAUCUUUGUGUGAUCAAACCAAUGCUAUGAGAACAGGAAUAUAUCAGUUGUUGAAGGUUCUCAACAUUGUUCUAGACCAGGGAUCCGAGGAUAAGAUUGAACAAGACCAAACACUUCUGAGGCGCAUACUGAACAAAAUAGGAGAUACGAAUGAUUGCCUCUGUAAAACCAAGGAAGAAAAUCAGCAGCUGGCUGUUGAGUUGUCAGUUCUUGUUACGCUGCUUGGGCAGCUAAGGUUAGAGGCAGAACAUCUUCAGAUGGACAAAACAAUUAUUGAACUGGAGUUCAGGAUCAAGACUGAUCAGUUUGCGGUGUUGCAGAGUGAGGCCCUCAAACUCCAUGAGAUGAAUGAAGGCUUGAAAAUAAAAGUGAGGGAAGGAGAUCACAAAGAGGAUUUACUAACGACUGAGAUAGAGUCUCUCAGUGGGAAGUUGCUGGAUAUGCAAGGAGCUUACCAGAAUUUACUGAAAGAGAAUUCAGAAGUUCUUGAAGAAAAACAAUCCUUGACAAAGGAAUUAUUACAUUUGGAGGAAAAGAAGCACACCCUAGAAGAGGAAAACUGUGUUAUCUUUGGUGAAAUGGUAUCUCUGGGCAACCUCUCUUUAAUUUUCAAGAACUAUAUGGAUGAAAAGAAUGUAGAAUUAAAAGAGCUUGGUGAAAAUCUAGACAAACUUCAUGGUGCCCUUGGAGAGAAGUUAAGCUCGGUGGAGAAGAAGUUGGAAGAUGUAAACAUGGAAAAUCUGAACCUGAAAGAGACAUUGCAGAAGUCAGAGGCUGAGUUGAAAACUGUUACUUUGGUCCGAGAUCAUUUGAGUUGUGAGAUUGCAAACGGAACAAAUCUGUUAUAUCAAAAGGAAAUGGAACUUCUGGAAGCAAAACAGAAGCUCAAUGUCAUAGAGAUUGAGAGGUCAGAGUUGCAUAAAAUUUUAGAUGACCUGAAGGGGGCAUAUGAUGAGGUUAAGACGAUUAGAGAUGACCAAGAAAGGCAGGUUCUCAAACAAUCUGAAGACAAUGAUCAUCUGAAUAAGAUAAACAUUUGCCUUUGGGAAGAAAGUCAGACAUUGGACAUUGAACUGCACCGAUUGCAUGAAGAAUAUGAAGAAACUCAGAUUCGGGAGGAAAGUUUGCGCUCUGAACUGCAAAAGAGAAAGGAUGAGAUUGACAUGUUGGAGACAGAGGCUGCAGCAUUCUUCAGUGAAUUGCAGAUCUCAACUCUCUGUCAAGCUUUGUUUAAAGAGAAGGUCAAUGAGCUUGCUGAAGCAUAUGAGAGCCUUAAUGAUGAACGUACAUCCCAAGAUAUGGAUAUGAAAGUGCUGAAAGAAAAAUUUGGCAUUCUGCAAGAUGAAAAUGAAGGACUGAAAUCUCAGUUGGCUGCAUAUGGCCCAGCUGUCAUUUCUUUGAGGGACUGUAUAUCAUCCCUGGAGAAACUGCCCUCUUUACACGCCAAGAUUCAAACAUCUGACAAUGAGGAAGCAAAGGAUGCACAAUUGACAACUCAUCGACAUGUUGAAAGCCAUCUGGAAGAACACCAAGCUGCCAGUGUGCCAGAUGCACUCUCUGACUUGCAGGACUUGCAAACUAGGGUUAAAGCUAUCAAGGAUGUAUUUAUUGAGAUGGAGCAACUGGAAAAGCAGGAAAACUUAAAAGUGCAUACUGAACUAGAGGUUGCAAUGCGACAGAUUGAAGAGUUAAAAAUUGCAAGCAGCUUGCAUAGAGAAAAUGUUAAGCUGGCAUCCGAGAUCUCUGAGGCAGAGAAUGGACUCUUACCAAAAGACAUUAUGCUUGAUCAGAUAUCUGAAUGUUCAUCCCAUGGGAUAAGCAAGAGAGAAUAUGUUGAGGCUGAUAAUCAGAUGCUUGAGUUAUGGGAGACAGCUGAUUGGGAUGGCAGCAUCGAUCAAGCGAAAAAGGCAGUCACUGCACCCAUUGGGAAAGAUGCUGAUUACCAUCAGAUUGAAGCAGUAAAGAAACAGAAGGGUGAAUAUCACACUUCAGAUGUGCUUGUUGAGAAGGAGCUGGGUGUGGACAAAUUAAUGCUCUCUAAGAAAUCUGUGGAGCCCCAUCAGGAAGGAAACAAGAGGAAAGUCUUGGAGAGACUUAAUUCUGAUGUCCAAAAAUUGACAAACCUUCAAAUCUCUGUGCAAGAUUUGAAGAGAAAACUCGAGAUUACUGAAAAAAGCAAAAAGGGCAAAGCUAUUGUUGAAUAUGAUACUUUGAAGGGGCAGCUGGAAGAAGCCGAGAAGACCAUCCUGGAGUUGUUUGAUAUCAAUGGCAAAUUGAUGAAUAAUAUUGAAGAUAGUUCCUUCUCUCAUGAGGAGUCUACUCUGGAGUCAAAAGAUAGCAGGAGUGCCAAAAGGAGAAUUUCAGAAAAGGGUCAAAAAAUGUCUGAAAAGAUCGGUCGGUUGCAGUUGGAGGUAGAGAAGAUGCAGUUAGUUUUGUUCAAACUCGACGAUGACAAGGAAAACGAAGGAAGAACAAGAAUCCCAGAGACCAAAAAAAGAACUCUCCUGCGAGACUAUCUCUAUGGUAUGGUAAGAACAAGCCCAAAGAGAAAGAAAGCACCCUUUUGUGCAUGCUUCAAGCCUUCAAUAAAAGGGGACUGAAGGUAAGAGUUUCCUUUGAUUAGACAUUUUUUCCCUGAAGAAACUGUUGUACAUGUCAGGCCCUUAUAUAGUCAAGAGGAACUGUGCUCGGAAAUCUUGUUUCAUAUUAUGGCCUUAAUAAUUCCAAACUCGCCUACAACAUUUCUUUCGUCCGUAAAGAAUUCUUUCCCAAUUUAAUCUUUUAGCUGUAUGCUGUACAAUGUUGCUGCCAGUGAGAGUAUGAAGAGAAUGCUAGUCAUUGAAGUUAUCUUCCUCUUGAGUGCCAUAGAACUCCCAUUGCAACUAUUACAAAGCUGUGGGUACUUUCAUCCGCUUUCUUAACAUGAUUUUGUAGCACGCUAGAUGCCAGUAUAUACUGCCGGUUCUAAGGCUAAACUGAGCCAUGUCUUAUUGGGUUUAUGUUGUUUUAUAAUGUGUCAUGUUUAGCAGGUUCGUAUCUUAUUUAGUCAGAUUUGUAU